UCGCUCCCCUCGUCCUGCAGGAAUAGGCUCUCUUCCUCCGCCGCUGCAGCUCUGACACAACCGGCAUGUCUGCAAACUGAGAGAGAGAGAGAGCGAGAGAGAGGUGGAGAGAGAGAGACGCAGAGGAACGCACGAUCCCUCCUUCAAGACGCACAACUUGUGUUUUGUUUCUUUUCGCUGAAGGAGAAUAGAAGACGGGUGGGUUUUUUUUACCACUGCGACGAGGCUUUUGUGGGGGUUUUGUGUGCAGGACGAGGAUCAAAACAAGGUCUUCCCCUGAUAUCGUGACCACUGAGGGAAGAGAACAGAGAACUGCUUCAUCAUGAAUUUUGUAAUGAAAGCUGCGCUGGGAGGAGGCCCUCCUGAUGUGGGCAAAAUGCUGGGUGGGGAGGAAAAGGAGGAGGAUCCUGAUGCAGCGAAGAAAGAGGAGGAGCGACAGGAGGCUCUGAGGCAGCAGGAGGAGGAGAGGAAGGCCAAAUAUGCCAAGAUGGAGGCUGAGAGGGAAAGCAUGAGGCAAGGCAUCAGGGAUAAGUACGGCUUGAAGAAGCGUGAGGUGGCCGAGGCCGAGGCAGCAGCCGCUGCAGAGGAGGCUGCAGAGGGCAGCUUGACUCGACCCAAGAAGGCCGUGCCGGCUGGCUGCGGCGACGAGGAGGAAGAGGAAAGCAUCAUGGACACGGUGAUGAAAUACCUGCCAGGUCCGCUGCAAGACAUGCUGAAGAAGUAGGUUAGCUAGCUGACUAAAGCUAACAUUAUUGGGCUUAGUUCAUAGGCUACAGUUUCAUGGUUGGCUUUAUUCAGGUUUCUUUCCUUUCACAUGCAAGUACGUAACAUGAAGUUAAAAUCGGGUGUGGUGUUUGGACAAAUCAAAGCUUCACGGUGGGGAAAUGAAUCAAAACCAACACUGUGAACUGCAGCCAUUAGACUAAGCUAGGCCGAGCCAACGGCCAGGGGAAUGUUAGCCUGACUGAUGUUACACUUAUGAAGCUAACAGCAAGCAGAGGGCCUAAAGACAUGUUAGAUGGUUUAUCCUUCUAGUCUGAGAAGUUUUAAACUCCUUUUUCUCUCCUCUGCGAUAGCUGCAGAACUCUCUUGCAGUACAGAAAAAUAAUCUCUUUGUCCACCACAUUCACUCUAUUUGUACAUAAAUAAAUGAAUACAUAACAAGCCUCAAGGUGGGCGAACAAUCAUAAAUAUUAUAUAGAAAUAUUAUUCUGUGUCUGUCUUGGAAAAAAAGAAGUGAUAACUUGAUAAGCCAUAUUUUAAAAAGAAAAUUUAAAGACUACUGUUGUGUGCUCCUAAGCUUCUGUUUAGCGUUUGACUAUGUCUGAAAUUUAUGUAAACCGUUUUGCACACAAUGUGACACAUUCUCUGUAAAACCUAUUGUGUAACUCCCCUACACGACCCCACAAUGGCCAACAUCAAGGUGUUAUACAUUCAUGUAGUAUAAUGUUUGAAAAAAAAAUAAGUUUCUACUCCCCCGUUCAGAGCGUCUCCUUCUUAAGUCUUGCAUGCCAUUUGUCUGGUCGAGUUUGUUGUGUGACUAUGUGCCCCCAACCCCCGAUCCACUUUUCUCCUCUUCUUUAUCAUGCAAAAAAUAUUAAGGCAAUAACUCCUAAGUUUGACUGUGUUUUCACUACCAUGUCGAUAUAACCGUUAAUAAUAAUAGUAAUAAAAAAAAGAUCUGUAUGCAUUCAGGAAAUUUAAUUUACAGGUUUGCAGGGUUUUGUUUUUUUGUUGUUUCAUUGUUUUGACGAAGAAUGACUGCGUAGCUGUUCAAACAGCGAAAACCUUAAGCUUUCAGCCAUAAAACCAGAACUUACAAUAUAUAUACUUUUACUAUCAGGAUCUACGAGACAGAAAGGAAUGCUGAAUGAUGCAGUAUGAAUAGCCAGUAUGUGUUUGAAUAAGCAGUGAUAACUGUAGAGUGGACAACAGGUCUGGAUUUGACAUUAUGUGAUGAAAGAGUCCAUCUUUCCACAAUACACACAUCCUAACACACACACAAAUACAGUGAAGAAAAUACUGCAGUUUGAUGACAGAUUUACUUACACAGAAAAGCCACAGAUGUUGAUGUGAAGAAGAUAUGAAGUGAUGCUCGAUUCGGUUCCAUUGUUGGUGUAGAUGUAAGACUGAGCCACUGACGGGUGAUGCCGAAUGCCAUGAGCAAUAAAGGAUUAUCAUGUA